UUUUUGGUGAACAGUUUAGUAUUUUCUUGGUUAAUAUUUUUAGAAAAAUUUCAACUUUCUGUUACAAAAAUUCUUAUCCUUUAAAAAGCUAAACUACUAGUCACCUUUUUCCUCCAAUUAUUACACCAUUUCUGUUUUUCUGGAAGAAGUUUUGGCGUUUGGAUUUCUCUUCAUUCAUACAUAAAACUCCACUAUAAUUAAUUCAGUGUAAUAAUAAGUUUUUCUUGAAUAAAAAAAAAAUUGUAAGUUUUUUUUGUUUUGUUUUGUUUUGGAGGUAAAUUUAUGAUGGAGUAUCUGUUUGGAUUCUAUUUUUGUAAGGCGUAUAAUAUAAGCAUUUUCCUUGAAUAGAACUAAUAUGGGAAUUUGAUUUUGGCAUCACUAAAUUAAUGAGUUAAUAAUUUUGUGAAAGUAACAUUUGAAAAAAAAAAUAUAUAUAUAAAAGGAGUAUUAGAAGGCUUCACUUGUUCUAAGUCAUCAAAAUCAUGGUAGAGGAAGAUGGAUUGUGUUUUCCAUACACAAAGAGCAAAAUUCCUCUCUUCAUCUUCUUCAAAAAUGCCAGGUUGGUGUUCAAGAUGGAUGAGCUUGGACAGGAAAUAGCACAGAUUGCACUUCCUGCUGUACUGGCUUUGACAGCUGAUCCUAUUGCUUCUCUUGUUGACACAGCUUUUAUUGGCCAAAUAGGGCCUAUUGAACUUGCUGCUGUUGGGGUCUCCAUAGCUCUUUUCAAUCAAGUAUCUCGGAUCGCAAUCUUUCCUCUUGUAAGUGUGACUACUUCUUUUGUGGCUGAGGAAGAUGCCGUGGCAGAAGUGGGUUCUGAACAACAAAAGAUAGAAUGCUUGGAAUCCAAUUCAAGUUCUAAUAAUGAAGCCAAAGAACUAUUACCUCAAUCAGGGGAGAGUACUUUAAAGUCCAAAACAAGUAGCUUUAGUGUUGAAAGUUCCAAGCCUCAAAAGCGGCACAUUCCAUCCGCUUCUUCAGCUUUGGUUAUUGGUGCAAGUCUCGGUCUUCUCCAGGCGCUUUUCCUCAUUUCUCUAGCAAAGCCAUUAUUGAACUAUAUGGGUGUCAACCCUGACUCGCCCAUGCUACCCCCAGCUAAAAGGUACUUAACAUUGAGGUCACUCGGUGCACCUGCUGUUCUUCUUUCAUUAGCUAUGCAAGGAAUUUUCCGUGGUUUUAAGGAUACCAAGACUCCUCUGUAUGCCACCGUGGCAGGGGAUGUCACUAACAUGAUUCUUGACCCAAUUUUCAUGUUUGUCUUUCGGUUGGGUGUCAGUGGUGCAGCAAUUGCCCAUGUUAUAUCACAGUACUUGAUUUCGAUCAUACUAUUUUGGAGACUUAUUCAACUAGUCGAUCUCCUACCUCCGAGCAUCACGGACCUCAAAUUCGGUCGGUUUCUAAAAAACGGUUUUCUUUUAUUGAUGAGGGUCAUCGCUGUGACAUUCUGUGUGACCUUAGCUGCAUCUAUGGCAGCACGCUUAGGGUCCACACAAAUGGCUGCAUUUCAGGUCUGUUUGCAAGUGUGGUUGGCGACUUCCCUUCUUGCUGAUGGACUUGCUGUUGCUGGCCAGGUCGGUCUGUCAUUUUCUAGUAAUAUGCCACUUUUUAAGUAUUUAUGUAUUGUAAAGUUCCAUUAUUGGUUUUGCACUGUUUUAGGCGUACUUUUUCGUAUUUUGCAGGCAAUACUUGCAAGUGCUUUUGCAAAGAAUGAUUUCGAGAGAGCAACAUCAACUGCCUCCAGAGUAUUGCAGUUGGGAUUUGUUCUAGGAUUGGUCUUAUGUUUCAUGCUCGGGUUCGGCUUAAAGUUUGCAGCAAGAUUAUUUACCAAGGAUGUCGAUGUCUUGAACCUUAUUACCAUAGGCAUUCCAUUUGUUGCUCUGACACAACCGGUAAAUGCAUUGGCCUUUGUUUUUGAUGGCAUCAACUUUGGAGCAUCUGAUUUUGCAUAUUCAGCCUUUUCCAUGGUGAUGGUGGCUGUUAUGAGCAUUUUGUGUUUGAUGUUUCUUUCUUCUCAUUACGGUUUUAUUGGGAUCUGGGUGGCUCUAACUAUUUACAUGAGCCUCCGCGCGUUUGCUGGGUUUUGGAGAAUUGGGACAGGAACUGGACCUUGGAGCUUCCUUAGGAGUUGAAUUCCAUUCUGUUAUUUUUGGAACAUUUUGCCUACUUUGUAUAUGUAGCUCAAGGAGGGAUGUAUAGAAUUUUUUAAGAUCCCAAUCUCAUGGAAAAUAGGUAUAGUAAGUAGUUAAUUGCCAUACUAUAGGUCUGAAUUUUCACAAUAAAAAAAGCAUCUAUAUACUAACAAUACCAGCAACAAAAGAUUUUUACUUAUA